AUGAGGAGCGCUCCACCCGGGCUAUUUGCUCGACGCUCCUGGACUUGUAUUCAAUGCCGAGCCUGUUCUUCCGCUUCCCCGGCUAGUGGUCAAGCCCGCAAUUCGAAGAAUAAAUUGCCAGACGUUCCUGCGCGUACGCGUUUCGCGCCCUCACCUACCGGAUACCUUCAUCUAGGAUCCUUACGAACUGCUCUUUUCAAUUACCUGCUGGCAAAACGCACUGGUGGCCAAUUUCUACUGCGCAUUGAAGACACCGACCAGAAACGGACAAUUCCUGGGGCAGAGCAGAGACUGUACGAUGAUCUACAAUGGGCAGGUCUAAAUUGGGACGAAGGUCCGGUCGUCGGUGGUCCCUACGGACCUUACAGACAGUCCGAACGAACGGCUCUCUAUCGCUCCCACGCCAAUGACCUCAUUUCAAAUGGCCAUGCCUACCGAUGCUUCUGUUCUGCGGAGCGACUAGAUUCUAUGGCCCGGCACCGCAGUGAGUCAGGAUUGCCUCCUGGUUAUGACCGGAAAUGUGGAGACAUAUCUGCCGAGGAAUCAGAAGAUCGGGCAGCCAACGGAGAGGCACAUAUUAUUCGAUUGAAGGUGGAGGGAUACCCUAUGUUCAGUGAUCUGGUCUAUGGUAAAACCGGCCAAAACAAGCCCAACAACAAAAAACUGGAUUUUAUCGACCGUGUCUAUGAUGAUCCCAUUCUCAUCAAAUCGGAUGGGCACCCCACGUACCAUUUGGCGAACGUAGUAGAUGACCAUUGCAUGAAGAUAACUCAUGUCAUUCGAGGAACAGAAUGGAUGCCAUCUACACCCAUGCAUAUGGCUCUGUACAACGCUUUCAAAUGGACUCCCCCACAGUUUGGCCAUGUCCCCUUGCUCGUUGACCAGAGCGGACAAAAGCUGAGCAAGAGGAAUGCGGACAUCGAUCUGUCGUCAUUCAAGGAUAAACAGGGGAUUUUCGCCUCAACGCUAGUGAACUUUGCUUCGCUUUUGGGCUGGUCGCAUUCACAGAAGUCAGAUGUAUUGAGUCUGCAAGAAUUGGAGCAGAUUUUCAAUCUAAAAAUCACUCGAGGCAACACUGUCGUCGCAUUUGAAAAGCUUUGGUUCUUGCAAAAGGCCCAUGCUCAGCGUUUCGCCGCAAGUGGUGGCCCUGAAUUUGAUGAGAUGGUCAGCAGAGUGAGCUCAGCGGUGGAAGAAACCCACCCCCUUGAUAAGCUCAAUACGAUUCUCAAAGGCCGCACGAUCGCCCAAUAUAUCGCACCCCUCAUCCGGGCCGAUGCCAAAUCCUACACGAGUGCACAGGAGUUCGCCAAGCGCAACUCCACCUUCUUCUCCCCAAAGCUUGAUAGAGCCCCCUACGCACCUGCCUCGCCCGCAUCAUCUUCAUCUCCCGAAGUUCCAAUGCAGGCACUCCACACUGCUGCUGCAGCCUUGACACUCGUGCCACCAGCACACUGGAACAUCGAAACCCACCGGUUCAAUAUCAACUCUUAUGAUGGCUCUGAUAGCGUAGUGCUCCCUGCCAUUGAGGCAGAUGCCCCGGUUGCAGCCAUUACAAGUGAUAAGGUAUUCAAGAAAGAGUUGUACCACUACCUCCGCUGGGCAUUGUCAGCCUCCGCACCUGGGCCUGGUAUUCCAGAGACCAUGGCCAUUCUUGGAAGAGACGAAACUCUGCGCCGAGUGCAGGAUGCAAAAGCAUUGACGCAAUCCUUUGGUCCGUCUGACGGGAGGAGAAUCCCGAAGGGAACAUUGCCCGAGGAUCAAAGUUGGAUGGGGACUCUUGCGACUAACCGCCAGACCCGUUGA